AUGAUUGAGCGCAGGGCAUGGGACAGGAUUGGUUCAUUAACCGAUGUGGCCUCGCGGGUCAUGCUGUCGUUUGGUGAGUUUGAGUUCAGUAUUGAUUCUGCGGCGUAUAACGCCAUGAAGCGCACCAUGGAAUGGCGAUGGGAUGAGCAGCAGUUAAUCGGAAAAAAGGAUCUGUUGCAGUAUACCGAUAACACCACGUCCUUUCUUCCCGGCGGUGCGCCGAAAAACAAAACGUUCACACUGGAGCUGAAAUACUAUGGCGAAAAACUGGCGGACCACUGA